AGGAGCUUGUGCUCUCCCUCUCUGCUGAUGAAGAACAAUGAUUACUUGUAUUGUAUAGCUGUCAUCAAGUGUUUUUAAAGUUGUUUUGUGAUUCUGCAUUAUUUCUAGGGCAGGUGAGCCACCUCAACAGCACUCACUGUGGACCGUCCUCCAGGACUGCAGCUGUGGCCAUGUCCUGAGCAAAGAGCACAAUGGCUGCACCAGCUGCUCGUGCAGGGCGCACCACCCCAGCCGGGACAUGCUCCCGCACCCGUGGCAGCACACUAGCAACCUGGUUACCACACUAGUCAAUGGGCAAUUAUGCCUCACAGAGAUCAAGAAAAGUUUCAACCAAUUAAUGAAUAUGGGGUUAAAAUACCGGCAAGGAAAGAUCCCAUAAUGUUCACCCCUCGCUGUGAAGGCAGACAUCCCAUGUUCUCUUUUGAGAGACAAAUCAAAUUUUCAGCAUAUCUGGAUUUGGCCUUUGCACACAACCAAAGUUUUGUACAGCAGCUCCAAGCCAUCCCCCAGAGGGAUAGAUGGCAAAAGCAGCCUCCAGAUUUUAGUUAUAAACUCUAUACAUCUUCCACACUUUCAAGAAAGGCACCAGGAAAGGACAAGGAAGGGCUGGAUACCCUCAAUAACAAAGAACCUGAGACUAAGCAAUGUCUGCCAAGGAUAGACACCAGCCAGUUCUACCCUGCUUUGCAAAGGAAGAAAGAGUUACCCAAGCUUGUCACAAGGUUUCCGCGUAUAGGCUCAUUUGAGGCAGCUAAAAUGUUUGUUGAGAAUGGAAAAUAUAAGAGUGGCAUCUACCGUGAUCCCAAACCACAUGAUUUUAGGCAGUAUGAAACUAAUAUACCAAACUUUGUGACAAGUUACCCCAGAGACCCUUUCAAUUUAAAGUUCAAGUCUCAGCAUUUAAACAUAGUGUGUGGACUUCAGCCACUGACAGAGAAGCAAAUGGAUCCCAAGGGGAGAUUUGUUACGUACAAGCCUCGUGAAUGCAAAUGGGAAUCCAGGCUAAUUCUACCAAAGACCCCUUGGCCACCUAAGUCUGCUUCAUUUACGAGGCACAGAAAGCGACGUGAUGCCUACACAGCAUUCCUAGAUCGUGUGGAUGAAAAGCAGCGGACAACAUUGCAGGAGGAAGCAUGCCAGUCCAAAUAGCAGGAAGAGGAAAAAGCAGUGCAGUGGAUGUUCUCUAGCAGGAUCCAAGUCAAUGCCCCAAGUCCAGUCCUAUGAAAUGUAUAAACGUCAGCAAACUUGGUGAAAGAUACUAGUGGUGCUUCGCUGCAUUUCUUGUAUGUUCUGUUUUGUCAGAUGUUAACUUUUUAAGAACUCCAAGCUGGAGUAACAAAUGAGGGCAUGAUCCUGAGCUGAUGUAAACCCUGAGGAUCUGGAAUAUCUUUUGCAUAAUGUAGUAGGCAUAACUUUAAGUUUAUACCAGUAAAAAAUGGAAACCUUACAUCUACCACAGUUCUCCAAGGCUUUGACUCAUAUAAUCUUUAAAAAUGAACAUGGGAACUCUCUCCCUUACAGCAUUUUUAUUCCUGAAGAAAUGAAGUAGAUAAUGCUAUGAAUUUCUCAUCCCUAAGAAUAGCUCUUUAUUUUUCUUUCCUCCUUGCCCCUCAAUCUCUUCCCCUUCUUACUAACCCACAUACCUCUACUAUUUAAUUCCUAUACAUCCACAAAUCCCCCCUUCUCUCUGUCCAGACUCCCCCUUUUUCAUUUCCCCAAGUUACUCUCCCUUUCCUCCUUCAUUUUACUGAAGAAAGGGAAGAAUAGAAGGAGAUGAAGUAAGGGCGCACCACAGUCCCUCUUCCUUUCUGUCAAUGGCACACACCAGACUCACAAACAAUAGUUGGUUUUUUUUCCUGAGUGCUGUAAUACUUUGAUCUAAGCCUGGAUUUGGGUUUAGUGUGAGGGUGUGGGGUGGGGCUGGCAGCCUGUGGUACACAGGAGCUCAGACUAGAUAAUCUGGCCUUUAAACCCCCUGGCUGGCUCCUGAUGAAAGCCAGAAUGACCAAUAGUAACUUACCUUCUGCAAUCUUCUCCCAAGCAAAGUACUUGGGCUCAGUGCCCUAGAUCAGUGUGGUCCCACAAUCUCUUCCUCUCCUCACUCAGCCACAUCACUCCACUCCCUGCCAGUGAUGCAGCUGGAGGAGCAGAGCAAGCUGGGACCAAGUUGCUUCACUUUUUCCCACCAUUACCAAUGGGGGUGGCACCUGCUGUGAGCACCAAGCCCUAUCAGUGAUUCAUGGUAUCACUGGGGAAGUGUACCACCUCCCUGUGUUGCUGCUAAAAUUUUAAUUUUGAAAUGGCAUGCCUCGUCAUGUUCCCUCCCUGUUCCUCUGGAUGGCCCUCAACCCCGUCCCUCCACAGACACCAGUCACCUAUGGCAGACUCUCCAGCUUGUUCCUCUCUAUGCUCGGGGACUCUGGCCAUGUCGGCUGCUAACUGGCCCCUUAUCCCUCCUGCCCAGGGGCAUUUCUGGGGGGGCGUCCCUUUCAUGCCCCCACCAUGUGGUUAGUCCCCGCUAUGAAUAACACUGUGUCAAUAAUAGCCACUUGUCAUGUGCCCCAUUUGAGCUGCUCUGGAGGCAGUGGUGUGUGGGAGUCUGUCUAAGCAGCCAGUAUCUGUUCUUUGCUUACUCUUCCAAGGCUGAAGAACAGUGUAACUGCCCACAGUUACAAGUUACCACUUUGCUCUUUCUAAGCAAGCAACAUGAAAGCAUUCCACAGAAACAUAUUAAAACAAUCAAGAACCUACAUGUGCUAGUAAGGAUAGCAGAGGUAACCCCAACUCCAGAGAGGGCUCUGGUCAGUGGUUAGGUUUUCAAACCCUGGCUAGGGGAUUUGUUGUGGUCAAAGUUCAUGAUAGCAGUAAGUUCAGAACAGGUAUCCCCUUGAAUUUUUUGGGCCUCUUCUUUAUAUAAUGUGAGCCUCUGAUAUUGUCCUCAUGUAACUGCAGCUCAGCAGACAGGUUCUUUUCUCGGACAAAGCUUAAAAAGAUUGAGGACACUGUUUCAAAUAGUCUUAUGAAGCUCUCCUCACUUCCCAGAGGUCUACAUUAGGCAUAUAUUUGACUGGAGAUGUCAUAUACAAUUCCACAGUAAUACAUAAACGUGUAUUUUAAUACAAUGAACUUCUAAAACACUUAAACUUAAUUCAACAAGUUUAAUUUCUUUGUGGAAGAAAUUUCUAGAAAUUGCAGUAUCUGUUACAGCAGCCACUUGCAGUGGGCUUCACUUCUGAUUAUCAACCUUGACUCAGAAAAAGACUGAAGUCAUAAGUAGGCAAUGCAGUGUGAACACACACCAAUGAUGAUUUUAUCUGAGAAAACUGUGUUCUGGAUUGAAUUGCACUUUCAGGCUGAUGGCAAUGCACAUAUGCUUUGGAAAGCGGGAGACCUUAAUUUAACUCCCACCAAUGGUACUCCCUUGUGCAAUAAUAUCAUAGCUCUUCAUGUAUGUCUUUCUCUGAAAGUCUCUCUCCAAAUCUUCCCCAAGAAACUUCUGUGUUAACUGACCUUUUAUAUAUUGAAAACCAACAUCUGCCUUCAUAUAUUACUGGCUAGAGAACAAAUUCACUACAUUUCCAGAUCCUUGUCUGGUUUGAAAUGUGAAGUUCAUUGUUUAAGUCUCAAGGGCUGAAUCUGGACCUCAAAUGAACUAUGUUCCAGGCAUGUUUGGGAUUUCUUUUCCUUGCUGUGUGCUGGAGAGGCACAAUGCCUUUGUUUUGUUUUGUUUUAAAACACAGCAAACCAAAAAACCCCAACUUUGUACUGUUCUUACCCAGCAAUACAAGUCCUGAUUAAAAACUGCAUCAGAAACUCAGAAUUUGACCUUAUGUUUGUGUAUACACUAAUAAAACAGCACUCAUAUACCACUUGGCAAAUGUGAAAUAAGGAAAUAAUACAUAGUAAUUGUGGUGUGCCUAGUAUCCCUCCAGCACUAUAAUCAACAAUCAUUUACAGAUGGGGAAACAGGCACCAAUACAUUUAA